AUGCAUGCACAUAUUGUUUAUCUCCUGGCAUUUUGUGCUGUUGUUUAUGGUGAUUUCAACCAUUCGAUUGUCGAUACAAAUGACUUGUCAAGACAGACUAAAGCGAAUGCGAAUUAUUUAACUCAGGUGUUAAUCAUCGGGGCUGGACUAUCAGGUUUAGAAGCUGCUCGUUUGUUGGAACAAAAAGGUGUGAAAUAUAUGAUCCUUGAAGCACGAAAUCGUUCCGGCGGUCGUGUUUGGUCUUAUCGUUCGCAGUCAGGUCACAUGCUCGAUAUCGGUGCUACUUGGAUUCAUGGUAUUCACGGUUCGAUACCUGGUGGUUUGUUAACAAAUCCUCUUUGGGAUCUUGUUCAAGAAGCAAAACUUUCAACUCGUCCGACAGAAUUUGAAGAUAUUCUACAGAUUUAUCCACCUAAUGAAGCUGUGUCUGACACCGAUCGAUUGUUUAAUCAGUACAUGUCCUUUGUCCGAGAAGAAACUCGAACGAAUUCCAGCAAACUUUCUCUUGGUUACUACGCUAAUCGAUUUGUUACUCAAAUGAAGUUGAACAACAAGGAACAGAAUGCUUUUUACAGUUAUUUAAAUCAUCUCAUCGAGAGUAACGAAGGCGCCGAACUGAAUGACAUUGGCGCGAAAAAUUUCCUCGAUCUUACAUCGGUUCAUUACGGUGACGAACACAUUUUUCACNAACAAGGAACAGAAUGCUUUUUACAGUUAUUUAAAUCAUCUCAUCGAGAGUAA